CCUUCCCCCGCUGCCUAAAACAUCUCCCAGGGACAGGCUUCGGGUCAUCCCGACCUUCAUCGAGNCGCUUUCUCCUGGCCAGGUGGAUGGUGCCAUCGCCUCCUGCUCGGAGAUGCACGACAUGAAGGAGGCCAUCUACGAGUACAAGAAGAAGCUGGAAGGGAUCGGGGAGGACUAUCAGAUCCAGGGGAGCAGCACCAAAGAGUAUUUCCUCCAGAGGACUUUGCAGAGCCUCGAACGCUACUUCUACUUGAUCACUUUCAAUUACUACCUUCAUGAGCAGUACCCCCUGGGCUUUGCCCUCAGCUUUAGCAGGUGGAUGUGCCGGCACCCCGAGCUCUACCGGCUGCUGGCGGAGAUGAACUCUUCGGAGCUCACCGUCACCGGUGACCUCAUCACCAAGGGGACGCGAGUUAUGGUAGCAGACGAACGCUUCUGCCCGGAUGUGCUGAGCACCGCCAAGGAGAUGAGUGUGGCCAAUUUCCGACGGGUGCCCAAGAUGCCCGUCUAUGGGACGGCACAGCCCAGCUCCAAGACCCUGGGGAGCGUCCUGCGUUACCUGAUGGAUGCCAAGAGGAAGCACGCCCGCAUCGUCUGGAUCAACCUCCGGGAAGAAGUGGUCCUGGAGGGAAACGAGCAGAUCUAUACAGUGCGGGAGCCUCAGCACCUGGAGGAGCUGAUUCCUGUGCCCACUGCCUCACCCCAACAGCUGGAGAAACUAGAAGCUACCCUGAAGGGCGACCUGCUGAAAUGCCAGAAGUGGCUGGAGGUGUACCUGGAGGUGGAGAAACAGAUGAAGAUGUUUAAGAGCUGCCUCACCAUGCAGGAGAUAUUCAACCAGCAGAAGAAUGCCUGCCAGGGGCUCACCUACCACCGCAUCCCCAUCCCUGACUUUUGUGCUCCCAAGGAGCAGGACUUUGACCGGCUGCUGGAGGCGAUGAAGAGCGCCCUGGCAGAAGACUCACGGGCAGCCUUCGUUUUCAACUGCUCCAGCGGCCGGGGCAGGACCACCACGGCCAUGGUCAUCGCUGUCCUCACCCUCUGGCACUUCAAUGGCAUCCCUGAGAUGAGCGAGGAGGAAAUCGUGAGUGUGCCUGAUGCCAAGUACACCAAAGGGGAGUUCGAGAUGGUGAUGAAGGUGGUCCAGCUCCUGCCCGAUGGCCACCGGAUGAAGAAAGAGGUGGACAUGGCCCUGGACGCUGUCAGCGAAACCAUGACGCCCAUGCACUACCACCUCCGAGAAAUCAUCAUCUGCACCUACCGUCAGGGGAAGUCGGGCAAGGAUGAGAAGGAGACGCGGACGCUGCAGCUGAGGAGCCUGCAGUACUUGGAACGCUACAUCUACCUGAUCCUCUUCAACGCCUACCUGCAUCUGGAGAAGAAGGACUCCUGGCAGCGGCCCUUCAGCCUUUGGAUGCGUGAGGUGGCGGGGGUAGCUGGCAUCUAUGAAAUCCUGAAUCCCUUCCCCGAGCUGGAAACCCCGGAGGACAAGCCCCUGGGCACGCUGCGGGGCCGGUGGCAAGCGCAGGCAGGCACCUCUCGCCCUUUCCGCGGGGACUUCGUGUAG